UGAAGCUCUUCACAAAAGCAAGUUAACAGAACUUUCUAAAUUGUGGCAUUUCGAUGCAGAUUUAAUCUAUUGCAUGUAGAUGCACUCAGGUGAACAGAUGUUAAAUUAAUGUAACAAAAGUUCAAGUGGCCUAGUGAAUAACGUUUUGAUUUUUAAAACGGGGGUUGCUGCGUUCAAUUCCCUGUAGGAACACCAUCCAUUACUGGAAACUGCAGGCAUAUCGAGAUGAUGAGUCUCAAAUAGGACGAAUUGUGUGUCUUGGAUUCCAUAAAACUUGAUAUCAGUUCACUAUUCUUUGUGAGGUAUGUAGACAAGUUGGUUAGGGUCCAGGAUACAAUAGAAAUCAUACGUUGGCAAGUGGAAAAUGUGGUUCAAAACGAUGACAGUAGUACCGAUAUACUUAGAGUGCACACACAGCUGAUGUGUUUACGGACAGUGAAUUGUGUUCGAAAUGUUAUCCAGCGAAUACUACUGUUUCACUGUGUGGUAUAUCUAAUGGACACAUUGACAUGAGAUUACUCACUGUCAUGGUGACCAACUUUAAAAACUCAAACCGUACUAUCUCUUCACUGAUUCCGGUACUUUUUAGUAUGGUUUUGCUAGUCAUAAUAAACUUGAAACUGAGCGCUUUGUUUUCAGUCGAACAUAAUUUGCAAACUAAUUUUCCUUCAAUGGGAAAUUUUACCAACACAUAUCUUCGUCUAAUUUCUGUUUAAUAGUGGGAAUCGCAUCUUACAAGAACAAGUGAUUUUGCAUCACUUUUUUAAAAUUUACAUUUGUUUUGGUUCAUAUGUUUAUUUUGGCUUGCUUUAUGUAUUCCGGAUGGAUUUUUCUUAUUUUCAGAUGGCUGGCACAAAUCCUGUUGAUCACAGAAGAAAAUGGGAUAAAGCUCAUUUUGAAAAAUUAGCCAGUGAUAGACUGAGCAAUGAGUUAGAGGCUAUGCGAAAUGCUCGCAAGGAGAAAGAAACAAUUAAGAAGGAAUAUUUACGAGCCCGUGACUACACAAUCGACCUAGAAUCUAACUUAAACAAAUCACAAGUGAUAGCAAAAACAGGUCCAGGCUCUUCACAAGCCGGCUACUACUGUGAAGUUUGUGAUUGUGUUGUGAAAGAUUCUAUCAACUAUUUGGAUCAUAUAAAUGGCAAAAAGCAUCAGAGAAAUAUGGGAAUGUCUAUGAGGAUUAAGAGAUCUACAUUGGACGAAGUUAGAGAAAGAUUCCAACUUCAUAAACAAAAAUCUGAAGAGAAAGCUGAGGAAUAUAGUUUGGAUGAAAGAAUGCGUCAAAUCGCUGAGGAAGAAGAAAAAUUUAAAGCCUAUAAACAAGAAAAACGAAAAGAGAAAAAGCGUAAGAAUGAAGAAAUAUUCGAAGAUACUGAUGUCGCUGCUGUAAUGGGGUUUGGGGGAUUUGGUAAAAGAUCAAAGUAAUUUAUCACCACUGUAUAAAUAUGUAAAUAGAUAUUUAAUCUGAUUGAUGUUGUUUUUCUGUGCACAGUAGAUACAAUAAUUUGCAACUCUUUUGUUGAGAUAUUUUUCAUGAUAUCAAACUAAGAGCGCUUUAACUUCUCAAACAGAUAGAUUUGGUAGGUGAAAAAUAAUGGAGAUUUAGUUCAUCAGAUUGCAUUUCCAAGUUUCCUAUUUUAAUCUUGAAACCCAGGCUGUUCGUUCUGCCAUAAUGCACUUAUGUAAAGAUAUGGUGACACUGUGGGCUAUAUCUAAAGGGUUGUAACUUCAAUAAAAAUGUUUUUAACUAAAAAAUAUAUAUAUAUAUAGUUUUUAGAAAACAUUACACG